ACUCCCACUCAAAGGAAAGAUUUGAGAAAGAAAAAGAGAGAAAGGAAGAAAGGUUUGAGCAGCAUUGAUGGGUAAUUACAGGUUUAGGUUAUCAGAUAUGAUGCCAAAUGCCUGGUUUUACAAGCUCAGGGACAUGGGUAGGAGAAGAACCCAGCACCAUAACAACAACAGCAACCACCACCCUCUUCUCACAGUUAAGAAACAACAACAACAACAACCCUUUACAGCAACUUCACCACAGAACCACACACGCCUCUCUCGCCCAAGAAACUCUUACUACUUCCCUUCACAAUCCAUCCAACCAGAAAAAUUCAACAAUUCACCAUUAAACCCAAAAGCUUCUGAUACCUAUUUCCCAGCUGACCCACCUAGAAGAUCUUCUUCUCUCACCACUAGAAGGAGAACCAAACGCAGAACCAUCAGGUCUUCUUCUAUGCUUGUCACUUCUUCUUCCUCUGUUUCUGCUGGUUGCAAUUGCAGAGCCACCCUUGACUCUGUCUGGACUCGCCCUGAUUCCAGCCCAGAUAACUCUGUUUCACUUUCCCCACCUGAGAGCUCCACUGAUCCUGACUCCCAACUCGUUACUGCUCCUGACCCAUUUGACAGUUUAGGCUCUUGGUCUAGCUCCUGUAGUUGUACGGUCAGUUCUUCUGCUACUGAUAUCAUCAUCGACAUGGAUCAUCAUCAGAAGAAGUCUCCAUCUAGGAAAUUGGAUAAGUUUGAUGGGUUUGAUUCCAUCUCCAAGCUUCAACUCCGCCCAAUUCUUACAAAACCUGCUAAUUUUACUGACAUGAUCAGUGAUCACAAGAAGAAAGACAGCAAAAAAACAGAGAAACCCGCUAAAUUUAGAAGAAAUUCUGCUAAAUUAGAGCAGAGAACUGCAAAUACUUCUCAUGGCGGGUCUCUCUCUGUGAAGGUUGUGAGGGAGGAAAGUGUCAAGACAGUCAGAGAACAGAAGCCUAUUCCGAUCCCUGUUCGAAGAUCUUUGACAUCUUCUUCUCCAGGUGUGAAACUCAGAGCGAAUUCUCCGAGAAUAGCGAGUAAGAAGAUUCAAGCUUAUAAUCGGAAGAUAUCUGCUUCUGCUACGAAUUCGAGACCAAGGAGGAAGAGCAUUUCGGAUAGCUUUGCAAUUGUGAAAUCUUCGUUUGACCCACAAAGGGAUUUUAGAGAAUCAAUGAUGGAUAUGAUCGUGGAGAACAAUCUCAGAGCAUCUAAGGACUUGGAAGAGCUUCUUGCCUGUUACCUUUCUUUGAAUUCCAACGAGUAUCAUGACAUUAUUGUGAAAGUGUUUGAGCAAAUCUGGUUUGAUCUGACUUACACUCGCUUGUAAAAAAUUUCUUAUGAAGAUGUAUAAUUCUGAUUAUAAAUAUCAAUAAUAAGUUCUAGACUUUUAGUAC